GGUCAACGUAGCAAUCAGACUUUUUGGCGGCUAAUAAAGCUGAUGAAAGCAUAAUAAUGAGCACUUGUAUUUUUGUAUUUCGUGUUACAGGAAGUUUAAAUAUUCGAUUGAAUACUUCCCCUUAUUGCAAUUCUCUCAUACAUCUUAAAACUGACCACGUCUCUGCGUAGUUCCUUUUACCAUGAUUGGACACUUUUAAAGUAAAAACUUAGUCUCGGCAUAUCGUUGCACCAUUUUCUUUGGGACAACGAAUACACAUAUUUUAGCCAGUCAAGUAAAAACUUGUCAUAUUGUUGCACAUUUUGACUGGACAACUUUUCAGCUUCUCAGCUCCGGUGAGUACUCUUCCCAAAACCCUGCCCCAAAGUUUCCAAAGUUAGCAAAAGAGAAGCAAAAAAUCAUGGAGAUGCAGAACGUUAACACAAAGAGAAAACAGUUGGAGGAGGACACAGGAGCCAAGGAAGCCAUGUUGGAAAACAAUGGGGAAAAAAACAUCGAUGCACUUGCGGAUGCCCCGCAUGAGAAAGACGAAGCAGCUGGAUCAAGUCACUACGCUUGUCUGCAAAAGCCAUCUGAAGAUAUCUAUUCAAAAGUCGUAAAAACAGAGAAAGACGAAGCAACUGGAUCAAGUCACUACGCUAGUCUGCAAAAGCCAUAUGAAGAUAUCUAUUCAAACGUCGCAAAAACAGAGAAGAAAAAGCAGCUGGAUCAAGUCACUGCGCUGGCCUGCAAAAGCCAUCUGAAGAUAUCUAUUCAAACAUUGCAAAAAAAGACGCAUACCAAAACAGCCCAAAGUACUGUGAGACCGUACAAAGUUGCAUGCUUGAUCCUGAGUGUACUCUGCUUGGUGCUGCUGCUGGUCGUCAUUGUGCUCAUUGUGAAAAUUUAUCCGAAAAACCAAGCCAGCUGGACUCAGGAGACAUGCGACAAAGACCAGUGCAGUGCUUUGACACCUCAAGAUGAACACCGAUUUCGCUGCUGCUACCCGUGCCCCCGCGGGUGGGUGAGACUAGACCAGUCCUGUUUCUUCUUUUCCACAUUUAACCUGAGUCAGCACGAGAGCGAGAGGAACUGUUCGAGGAAACGUGGACUUCUGGCCAUAAUCAAAAGUGACAAAGUGCAGGCCUUCCUGACUGAAAGAGGUACUGGCUUGAAAUACUGGAUCGAUGUGCGAAGUAUUGGGGAUCCAUGGGUGUGGAGCGACUACAGCUAUCUGGAAAAUGGUUAUUGGAGCGACUGGAGUGAGAGAGAGUCAUCAGGAGACUGUGUUGUUUUGGACAGCAGGCUUCCCAGCGACAAAAACUGGAAGCCGUAUAAUUGCAAUGUGGAAAACUACUUCAUCUGUCAGAUCCAGAUCUGAACUGCACUUCAUCAGGAUGAACUAGUACAGCAACAAUUAUUUGAUCAAAAACUUCGAAUUUUGGUGCUUCGGUGAUUCAUUUAAUUAGAGUGCAAUUGUAAUGGUUUAUUUUGAAAGUGCUUUAUUUAGUUUAAUUGACUUAGAGGAUAAACUUAGUCGCAGGCCCAGCCAAACUAUGAAAAAAAUGUGUGAUUUAUAACCUGGAAAAUACGGUAAUUUUUUGCUUUCAACAUGAGACAAUCCCAACAAAUAAUAACAAAACAAUUUUUUUUAUUUGUCUUAAAUCUGAAUUGCAGUUAUUGGA